GCUGUAGGAACAGAGAACGUGCUAUUCUUGCGCGUUGAACUCUGUAGUAGCGCAACCGGAAGUAGAUGGUUAAGCAAUAGGCGUAUGUGAGGUUAGUGGUUAGAGACUGACUUUUGAGUGAAGUCUCAGAAGGUGAAUAUGAUGAGGAGUCUCCCAUAUUUCUGUCGUGGCGAAGUUGUUCGAGGGCUUGGACGAGGGAGCAAGGAGCUGGGAAUACCCACUGCAAAUUUCCCUGCUUCUGUGGUGGAGCAUCUCCCAGCAGACAUCAGCACUGGGAUCUACUAUGGCUGGGCCUGCCUCGGAAAUGGGGAUGUGCAUAAGAUGGUCAUGAGCAUCGGCUGGAACCCUUACUUCAAGAACACCAAAAAAUCCAUGGAAACGCAUGUGAUUCACAAAUUUAAGGAGGAUUUCUACGGAGCCACUUUGAGUGUUGUUUUGGUUGGCUACAUUCGUCCAGAGAAGAAUUAUGAGUCCCUGGAUGCACUGAUAGCAGCAAUCAAAAGUGACAUUGAGGAGGCUGAGCGGAGGCUGGACCUGCCAGAUCACCAGAAGUUAAAGCAGGACAACUUCUUCAGGACGUGCACCAAUGCCAUCGUGAAUGGCCACUGACAGGCGGCAGUCUGUUAUGCGCCGAGGGACCGUGGAGCAUGACGAAGUCCUCACCCCUUUGCUUGUCUGCCUCCCGAUCUUAGCCUUUCUGGGUAAAACGAUUGACCACAAGAAUUUUUUUUUAUCUGUUUUACUUGUCAUUCAUGGCUGGUUCAUGCUGCAAUAUCAGAAGCCACUGUGAGUGCAUCCGGAACUCUUUGUUCCUUGUCCUGUGCGUUGUCAUGGGUACGAUAAUCUUCUCACCCUUUACCGUACCACCCCAGUACUGUAGGUGAAAGGCCACCACAUUCCUCCUGAGCAUUCGUUGUAACCUGCCACUGUACUCAACGCAGUGACAGCCGCGGGCUUGUCCAGGACCGAUGAGGUGAAGACCUCAGGAUCAGAAUGACAUGCCCUGUACCCCAGCCUGAUGUCAGGAGGGAGGGGGUUGGCGUCGUGCUCAGAGUCGUAGGAUUGUUUUGUCUGUGGGGCUGGUUAAUCUCAUUCCUACAAGUGCUAGAAGUACUGGGAAAUAUAUGCCUUUGGCUUGUUGGCCAGUAUUUACGACCUAUGUGCCGCCGUGCACAUGUUUCAAUUCCAAAUUCUAAAUCCCUACAGUUUUUCCAAUAGCCUGCUUUUGACACUGGUUAUCUUUCUGUCACUUGGUGGUUGAAUGCAGUCGCUCCAGCAGAGAAACAUUCCUGCUGUUCCGCUGCAUUUUAACUCCCAAUAGAUUCUUUUUCUCAAAAAGUCAAGUGCUCUGAAAAGUCAAAAAUACCUUUCACGCUGACUCAUCACUUCCUCUGAAUGAAACACACACAAUCGACUUGUUCACGGAGGGGGUGUUUACAAAGAGCAGGAUGGAAGAAGGGGGCAGGACUUUUUUUUUAUAUUUGCAUUUUAUUCCCAUUUUGUCUUGGGAUGUGCACGUUUCUAUUUAUUUGCUUUGAAGAAAUGUCUAACUUUACUGUGCAGAAGUAUGCAACAGACAGUGGGAAUGAAUGGCUCACGGUGUGAAUCAUAUAUACAUAUAGAGAUCUGGAUUAACUAGAUUUUACUUUAAAUUCUGUAUCAGGGAAUAACCAUAUGCCAGUCUGUCAGUUGUAAGGUUGUCAUAAUUUGAAAACAUGAGAUGUAUCAAAAUGUAAAAGAUUAACUUGUACUGAAUUGUGUAAUGUGGCAGGAGAAGGACCUUCAAACUUCAUAUAGCAUGAAAAUUGGCGCGCAAAUUUUUCAAAUUCCCUCUCCAAUUAAAAGACACCCUAGCUCGAAUUAAGGGAACAGCCUUUUAUUUUUAGAUAAUCAAGAGGCAACUUGAACAGAAAGUAAAUUUUAGUGUAUUCGUCUUUGCUUAUAUAUGUAACAUGCAGAGGUAACGGAGGGCAGCUGUUGCUGUUCCGGUCUAUGAAGUAGCUACGCUUUAGUCAGGCUCUGCUGCCACAUCUUAGGUCCUUCGUGCAAAUCUAAGACUGUCGUCUGGAAUUUCUGUCACUGCCAUGACAUUACAUACAAAAUUGUUCCUCAAGCAAAAAUACUGUACUCAACUGUGUAAAGAAAUCGUCUACUUAAAAAUAAAACAUUUAAUGAAUGCACCUGGAA